ACAUGGACUCAAACGGAUCUAUAGAGACCCAGUGCACUACUUUUGUGAAUAUAUAUAUUUGUAUUUUAUUUUGAAGGCUUAACGCCGAUUCCAGUUUUGUUGGUCAUGUUAAUGUGGUUCACGACACACACGUCUCCCUCCUCUCCUCUCUCCGCUCCCGGUCCAGUCCCAGCUCCCUCCACUGAACAGGCGAAAACAUUUUCGGGAAGAUUAAAGUUUUUGUCGCGGACCUGAGCUGUUCCGAGGAUCGGUUUUAUUAUGUGGAGAAAUAAACAUAGUUUAUUAGGAGAAUCGGUGGCUUGUUUCAUCUUUCUGGUGGCGCUUUGCGAUGCUCAUCGAUUCCUAACUCAGAACAGGGCCUCCCAGUUCCUGUCUCGGCACCGCAGGGCCAACUCCAUGUUUGAGGAGAGUAAGAAAGGUAACCUGGAGAGAGAAUGUAUCGAGGAGCUGUGCAACAAGGAGGAGGCGAGGGAGAUCUUUGAGAACAACCCGGAGACGGAACACUUCUAUCCUCAAUAUGUCUUUUGUCUGGGUUCACAUCGUGUGGGCAUCAACAACCAGAACUCUGGAGACUCCAACGUCCCUUCAAACCUCAGAACCUGUGUCAAAGAGAUCAGUGACCAGUGCCUUCCGUUUCCAUGUUACAAGGAGGGUUCUGAACGCUGCAUCGAUGGCCAGGCCUCCUUCACCUGUCAGUGUCGACCAGGCUGGAAGGGCCCGCGCUGUGAGGAUG